UUUCUCGUCUUCCCCCACGGACAAACAAAGUAACAGCCGCACGCAUCGACCCGCGGAAGAAGGAAAUUCAUCCGUAUAGCAGCUAGCGAUCGAGCUGAUUAAGCUAAGCUAGGCGUCGUCGGGUUACAAAUUCUUCGAGAUGUACCAGGCGAUCCCCUACAGCGCCGGCCGCCUCCCAAGCUGGCCGCGCCAGCCGGCGGCGCCAAUGGCGUCUUCCUCCGAGGCAGCGGCGGAUGAUCACUCGGCGGCGGCGAGGGCGGCCGGGGAGGAGGAAGAGGAGGAGGCGGUGAGGAGGGCGGUGGCGGAGAGCCCGGUGCUGGUGGUGGGGCGGCGGGGGUGCUGCCUGAGCCACGUGGUGAAGCGGCUGCUGCAGGGGCUCGGGGUCAACCCGGCGGUGCGGGAGGUCGACGGCGACGGCGCCGCCCUUGCCGGGGCUGGCGGCGCGCUGCCGGCGGUGUUCGUCGGCGGGAGGCUCCUCGGCGGGCUCGACCGGCUCAUGGCCGUGCACAUCUCCGGCGAGCUCGUGCCCAUCCUCAAGGACGCCGGCGCGCUCUGGCUCUGAACAAACAAGGAGAAUUAUGAGAAAGAUGCUUAUGGGAUGACGAUGGAGUAGUAUUACAACGGUUUGAUUAGAGAGUUCAUAUUUUCUCGGUUUCUCCUAGCUAUUUUUCUUCUUUUCACUCUCUUCUUCUAUCUUUCUUUUUCUCUCCCUCUUGUUCCUGAGAUCGAUCAUGCAUGUGAGUUUAAUUGCUGCUGCUCUGCUGCUAGUAGGAUUAGCGUAGCUAAGAUAGAUAAAUAGGCUUAAAUUCUUUUAGGGGAGAGAAAAAUUAGUUAUUAUUAGACGAUGUUGUGUUUAUGCUUACGGAGUAGUAUAUCCUAAUUAUUCUGUACUUCUGCUUGUUUUCGACCAUAUAUGUCCCUUGUGAAUACAACCAAGAGUGAAUGAAUGAAAGAGACUUGUACAUA